UACAUUGUGUUGUAGUGCUGUUUUUAAAUAUAAACUCACUACCUUUCAAUGACAUUUAUUUCAAUGGAAAUGUUACUAUGAAACUAGCUUACCUCGAAGCUGCCUAUUGCUGCCGUACUCCAACAUCUACCCAUCUUUAUUUAAAGAAAGGAAGUGGCAUAGGAAUAUCAACAGGAGGAAUUAUUGUCCAUUGAGUGAGUGGAACUGUACGCUUCGAGCAACGAAAUGGUUGACCCGUGGGAUAUUCUGCGAGAGUUAGAAAUUCCUUUGAUUGAGUCGGAAAACAAUGUGAAUGAAGAAGUCGUAGUUGUUUCAGAAAAACCCACUUGUGAUAUCUGUGGAAAAUGCUUUUCAACCAAGGGUAGCUUAAUGCGACAUAAAAUAACUCACACUGGAGAGAAACCUUAUGAAUGUGAUACCUGUCAUAAACGGUAUACUCAAGCAAGUACCUUAGCUAGUCAUAAAAAAGCGACGCAUUUGAAGGAGCUUCCUUAUGAAUGUAUUGUUUGCCAAAAAAAAUUUGCUAAAGCGAGAACCUUACUUGUUCACACACGAAUACACACGGGAGAGAAACCUUAUAGUUGUGACAUUUGCAGUCGAUGUUUCUCACAGCAAAACGGUUUGAAGAAACACAUGAAGACGCACGAAAAUAGAUCCGACAAAGUUUACGUGUGUUGCUUUUGUAAUGAAAGCUUUACAAAUUUUGGUGUCUACACAACGCAUAAGAAGGAACACGAGGCGUCUGGUUUUCGUAUCAAAUGUGAUAUUUGUGAGAAAACAUUUGACAAACUUCGUUCUUUAGCUGUACACAAGCGAUUGCACACAGGCGAGAAACUUUAUGAAUGCGAUAUAUGCCAUAGGCGUUUUACCCUUAACACUAUACUGACGAAACAUAGAAUGACUCAUACAGGGGAGAAACCCUACGAAUGUGACAUAUGUCACCAAAGGUUUCGACAAUCAAGUACAAUGAACAGACACAGAAAAAGACAUACCAACCAGAAACCUCACAAAUGCGACGUUUGUGGUCAGCAGUUUCUCCAGUCCAUCACACUAAAACGGCACAAAAAUAUGCAUGCUGGUGUAAGAUUUGAUUGUGAUAUUUGCAAGCGGCAGUUUGCUCGGUCAGACUAUUUGGCCAAUCACAAGAAGACAUGCACGGGUGAACAGACGCAACCCAAAGCACAACCAAAAAAGCAAAGUGGAAAUAUAAAGAAAAAGUCUAGCAAUCUGCCAUGUGGUGAUUGUGAUACACGAUUUGCGAAUGUUAGUCAACUAAAAAAACAUAAAGAAACUUGCUCUAAGUCUAUAGAAUGUGGUGAUAGUGUUCACAAAGAGGAAAGUUUGCAAGCAUUGUCGAUACGGAGGAGCGAAAGAGUGAAAGAACAGGCUCUAAAAUGCAUCGUAUGCAGGAAAUCAUUUUUCAAUACAAGCGAACUUGAAAAGCAUCAGAGCUUAUGUUCUCGUGAAAUGUCAGAAGAACUUAAAAUAAACUCAGAAAAGGAAGAAUCAAUCAAAAGUAAUGAAUUGUCCACAGCCGAAUUGAAUCGCGAGGGAAAUUUGUCAAAUACGAGCUCAGAUAAAGCACGCGGAAAUUCAUUAGCUUGUCAGGUGUGUAAUAAACGGUUUUUGAGCGAAACUAAUCUUCAAAGACAUACCAGUGUAUGUUGUCCGAAUACUUUGUCAGCAAAAACUAAUGAAAUUAGAUCAAGAAACAUCCAAUCAAAGAAAAAACCUAGAUUCACUAGCAUUAUUGAAAAAACGAAAAUAAAACGCCUUUCCAAAGAACAGAGUACAACUGAACGAGGUGUCUCGUAUAAUGCUUUAACAGCUGCAGAUGUGCGUACAAUUCCGAGAAACCUGUUCAGUAAGAAAACUGUUAGACGACCAAAAGCCAACUUGGAGUGUGAAAUUUGUGGGAAAAAGUUUUCAAAUAAGAUCGUUUUAACACGGCAUAAAAAGAAGCACGAAAAAGGGCGAGUAAAAGAUCCAACAGUGUCGAAAAGCAAAUUUUUGGAAUCUUUUGGUUUAGCGAGGCGAGCAGAAGCACACGUACCUGAAGUGGGAGCUUUGAGUAGAGGCCUUAGGGAACAAAGUGGGGUAGAAAAAGAGAUGGAAAAAAGUAGCCCUAAAUUGGAUACAGUUGGAGUUGGUGACUCGACCCAAGGUUCCAAUGGUGAUGAUAUUGAUAACGAAUUCUCUGUUGACGACUGCGAAAAUGAAGAGAAUUUUGAUAACAACAGUAAAUCAAAUGGUAAUUCAUUUGCCGCUCUCAAUCAUAUGAUCAGGAACAAUAAUAUUUGUACAGAGGAUGCAGUUUUGACAAAUGAAGUUAUUCCGAUAAGUUCUACCCCACAGUCAACGGAAAGAGUUUCAAGAAAGCUGAAAGUCGCUUCAAGAAACGUAGAAAAAUUGAAAGUUGCUCUCAAAGGUAUGAAUAAGUAUAAAUGUGACUUCUGCACUAAGUCUUAUCGUCUUCGACGCCUGCUUGUUGCCCACAAGAGAGUCCAUAAAGGUGAAAAGCGCUUCGAGUGUGGCAUUUGCCACAAGAAAUUUAGCCACAACUACAUUUACUCCAAACAUAUGAGACGUCACGAAAAUCCAAAGCCGCAUACGUGUGAGUUUUGUAAUAAAGCUUUUGCACAUAAAAGUGCUUUGGAAAGGCAUAAAUAUACGCAUAUUUAUGGUAAUCAGUUCAAAUGUGAUAUCUGUGGAAAGGCGUACUCCUCUUCCAGUUAUCUCAAACUGCAUCAAAAAGUACAUACAAAUGAAGGAAAGCCAUUCAAAUGCGACAUUUGUGAAAAACGAUUUUUAUCAAAGAAUACUUUAUUAAAACAUAGACUACAACAUACAGGAGAACGACCGUUUGAAUGUGAAUUUUGCAAGAAGACUUUUGUUCAAUCCUCCAACUUGCAUAAACAUCGAAGACUCCAUACUGGCGACAAACCUCAUCAGUGUGACGUGUGUCAAAUGAGAUUUUACGACACAACAGGUUUGAAGCGCCACAAAAGUACCCACGUGGAUAGCGCUACCGGGAGAAACCACCGAGGAAGUAUGAAUGUGAUGUAUGUAAACGAAGAUUUGUCGCUUCGAAUGAUUUGAAUCGUCAUAAGCGAAUACAUACGGGGGAAAGACCUUACCAAUGUGAUAUUUGCCAAAAAUCCUUUCGUCAGUCGAGCGUCUUAAUCUGUCACAAACGAACACACACAGGCGAGAAGCCUUUCGCUUGCGAUGUUUGUGGGAAAAGAUUUGGAAAAGGUGUGAAUUUAA